CGUUUUCGUUGUGCGCAUGCGCUGAACAAUCCGUAAGAAAACAUGGCGGCGUCCGAGGGCAGCUCUGUUUGGGAUACACCUCGAGUAUACAAACAUCAUGAGCAGCAGAAAGUCUGUCACACAAGACCAAAGUACAGGGAGGGAAGAAGACCAAAAGCCGUCAAGGUGUACACUAUUAACUUGGAGUCUCGGUUUCUCCUGGUGCAAGGAGUACCUGCUAUCGGAGUGAUGACAGAACUAGUGCAACUUUUUGCACUUUAUGGAGUGAUAGAGGAAUAUCGAGUUCUUGAUGAGUAUCCAGCUGAACAAUUCACUGAAGUAUAUCUCAUAAAGUUCCAGAAACUUACGAGUGCGAGGGCUGCUAAGCGGAACACUGAUGAAAAAAGUUUUUAUGGUGGGAUACUUCAUGUCUGUUAUGCUCCUGAAUAUGAGACUGUAGAGGACAUAAGAAAGAAGCUGCAGGACAGGAGGAGCUACAUAAACAGAGCAUGUAAUAAAUCAGAAACAGAAUUUAAAAAGGAACCCACAUGGUCCAAAAAACCUGCAGACUCAUCGGCACCGGCACCAGCACCAGCACCGGCUAAUGCAUGGGGAGAUGGAAACAGCACUCAAAAUGAGACUUCAAAUCCCAGCACUUCUUCAGGGUUUCCACUGCUGCCCUUACCACCACAGGAGAAAGCCUUUCAGCAGUGUUUAUCUUCAAGGGGAUAUAAAUCACACAGUCUACAAACAAGUGCACCUACAGAGGAUAAGAUGGGAUCGCUACAUCAUUUCAUCCCAGCUUCCCCAGAACUUUCUAAACAGACCUCCGAUUUUCCAAACUCGGCAUCUGCUGAAAAGGGCGAAAGAGUCAGGACUCAAAAAUCCAAAAAUCCUCCAUCUACUGCACCAGAGUUUGUACCGAGGACAACACGUUUUGAAAACAGAAAGAGGAAAAUGGAGGAUAGUGUGGACUUGUUGGGAAUGUCAGACAAAAAUACUCCUUUGUUUGGACCAAAACUACCAGAACAACAGAGAACAGACAUGAAAGAUGCUUCAUUAAACACAACGGCCAACUUAAUCAGGCAAACAAUGGCAAAGGUCUCUGCAGUUCCCACAGAGACAAAAACCACCAGUACCAUCACUGCAAAGCCUCGAAGACGAAUUUAAUCACAUUUAAAUACAAUUCAUACAGAGUAACACACAGGAGCUGAACAACCUUGUUGUGAAGUUAUUUC